AUGCCGCUGAACAGGCCGCUAAACAGGCCGCCGAUCGAACCGCCGACCGAGCCGCUAACCGGGCCGCUAACCGAACUGCUGCAAAAGUGGGAGGCCCAAAAGAUAAACCUACGCAACGUGUGCCUCUGCCUCCACCACCUGAAAAAAAAUGCACUCCAAAAAUGGGGCGAUCGAAGGGACUUUCUCCUGAGCAGCAUCGAUGAGGUGGCGAUUAGCAAAGUUGUGGGUCUACUGGAGGUGAACCAAAGCGGAAGCGUAAGAAGUAGCACAAAGGACAAGUACUUCUUCCUAGCAUUUGUAACGUUCGUCUUUAACGCAGAAAAUGAGCUCUUAAGGAGGAACUGCCACAUGGCCAAAGAGGUAGAGGAAAACUACUUCAAAGCGCACAGUCAAAAAUCCGGAGGUGGAAAAAAAAACAAAGGCAAAAGAACCGAUGAGGAAUUACAAAAGGGGGGCCUACAAAAGAACACAGAGGAUGAUGAGAAGCACUUGUUGGACCAACCGUUGGGGAAUGACCAAAUGGGAAAGACAAAGGACCAACCGCUCCACCCCAACAACCUGUUCGACCAGUUUGACGUACUCAUAAAAAGGGCAAUCGAUCUGGAGGUAAACCACCCCCCCGGGGAGGUGAACAAAUUGCUAUAUUGUAAAAUAUACGUAUUUUACGUUUUCUUAAAAUUUAUUUUUACCCUUACAAAAGACUGCCCCCAAAUUAGCAAGUACUAUUUGAAGCGUGUGAGGAAUAUCCUACACACCCUGAUGAGCAUUCAGUUGGGAUCCCUGCAGCAGAGCGAAUACCUUGUCCACCUCGCAAACGUCACUCUGCUCCUCAUUGUACAUACGAAUUUCCCCGCCGUGAAAGAGUGCGAAAGGGAGUUUUUAAACUUUUUAAUUAUGCAGCUAAACAGGAGGAAGUACUCCCUGCAGACCAUUAAACAGAUCUUAGUUACCUAUUUGAACAAAAAAAAAAACAUCCUUUUAAACGACGAAAUUUAUCAAAAGUUAGAGAGUCAUUCCAGUGAUAAUAUAAACUUAUUUUUAAAAUAUGGGAGAAAAGAAAAUUUAUUUUUUUUCUUCAACCUGUUGUUCCUUUUUAAUGGUUUACUACAUGCCCGGGUUAGUAACUCGAACCAGAACGUCUUCUUUAUAAAGCCUGUAGAAUGCGUCAACAUAAAUGUAAGCAUUAAGGAGAUUCUGGGCAACGUGCAGAAAGUGCUCAACUACUUGGGAACCCUAUCAAGGGAUUAUUUGGCCAACAAAAAAAUGGACUUAUCUCUCACCGGGGGGGCGGCCUACAUCUACUGUAAGGAUGAACCACCACAUGGUGAUUUCACCAUUGAAGAGGUCCUAAAAGGGGAGGAAGUAAUGGGGAAGGACCCACACGAAAUGUUCCAGGGGGGUUCCCUCCAUGGGGAGAAAAAUGUGCAUCCAACCAACCUCUUCACCUACAUAAUCGACAGCGUGUUUUCCUUUUUUCGGGGCCUCAUAAAAGCACAAGACGCAGAAUCGAUAAGCAUGAACCUAAACCACAUGGUGAAUUUUUUAAAAAUAUUUUUCAUUCAUAAUAACGAAAAUGAUUUAUUUUUAAUAAAUUUCGUUGGAACGAAUUUUACUACUUAUUGUAGAGAACUGCUGGAGAAGUGCCCGUCUGCGCUGGACGAACUGGUCAGCCACAUGAUGUGCCUCUUUAGGGUUGCAAAGACGUUGACCCAAAGUUCGGUUCGCAGAGGGGCAGCGGGAGGGUCAGCGGGAAAAUUAAUGAACAUUCUGAGCAGCAUAGGGGAAGUUCAACGUGGGGGAAGUUACCCAAAUGGAGAAAGUGACCAAAGCGGGAAAGGAAUACUCCCCGAGGAAAGCAUCAUCCACAGACUGUACAAUAACGCUGUCCAUACCCUCUCCGUUUUUCUGAAAAAUGUAGAGACGUACUCAAAUGAACAUGUUAAAGAGAAGAUCUUUAUGCACUAUGAGCACUUCCUAUUUUGCACCCUCGAUAGCGAAACGAAUGCCAAUUUUGAUCUGAUUUUUCGAAACAGCACUUCCCUCUACUUAACGUUAAAGCUCCUUUUCACUUUGCUGAAGCUACACAAAUUUGACUUUGAAAAUGUGCAUAACUUUUUUUUUAAGUUGAUCAAAGUGGAGACGGAGCUCCCCACAGCCAGUCAACAGGGGGCCUCCUUUUUUUUUAAAAAUGGCCUACACAGUAACGCUGCAUUGGUGCAAAAAAUCAAGACAUUCAUUUUGACCAAUUUGGAUUUAAUUUCGCGCGGCACGGGGGGGACCAAAGUGGAAAAGGUGGAGCGCCUGGAAAGGUUGGAAAAAUCGGAUGUAUUGAGACGGGCAGAUAUUUUAUCCCAUUUUGAACGCCCCAUCAUGGGCAGCAAUCCUAGGGAGGAACUCCAACCAGACCUCAAAGAGAGCCGAAGCGCUUCGCAGAUGAACGACGAGGUGAGUACCACCCACAAGGGAACGAAAAAAAACAAGAGGGCGCUCGAAAAGACGAAACUGAAAGGCGAAAGCGACGAAACAUCGGAAAACGCACACGCGGAAGAAGAUACGUCGUCCAGCUCCAUCAACACAGACGAACCGGAUGAACAUUUUGAAGAGGACAGAACGCAGCGGCGAAAAAAAGGCAACGCCUUCGUCAGUCAAACGGGACAGUAUAAGAUUAAAAAAAAAAAAAAAAAAAAAAUUAAGCGUGAGGAGCGCGCCGCGUCCAGUGUGCAGCCUGAGAAGGCGAACUCGAGUUUGAAAAAGGAGCGGCGUUCGGAGCGUUCGGAGCGUGCCGACGUGGAUGAGGAACGAGUUGACGCAGGGGGGGGGGACCACGCCGCGGAGGGGGCAGGCAAAAAAAACAAAAAAACGCCACAAAAAAGGCAGCAGGACGGGCAGCAGGACGGGCAGCAGGACGGGCAGCAGGACGGGCAGCAGGACGAGCAGCAGGGCGGGCAACAGGACGAGCAGCAGGGCGAGCCGCUCGAAACGAACCGCAGCAGCCACGCGGAGGGCGGGCCCGCAAAUUUAAAAGAGCUUGCAGGUAACGUAAAAAUGGUGUCGUCCUCCGAUGCCACGAAUUCCCUGCAGUACAUGAAGCAGUCCAUCCUAAAUGACUUAUAA